AUGAAGGUCCCUGCUGUGCUUGCACCUGGCAUCCUUGUGCUGCUGUUUACCUGGGUGCUGAGGAGCGAUGGGGAAUGUAAAGAGGCACUAGCGAAGUCCGAGAUGAAUGUGAACAUGAACUAUCAGCUUCCCAACUUCACCGCAGAAACGCCCAUCCAGAAUGUCGUUCUACAUGAGCAUCAUAUUUACCUCGGUGCCACUAACUACAUCUAUGUCUUAAAUGACAAGGACCUUCAGAAGGUGGCGGAGUACAAGACUGGGCCCGUGCUGGAACACCCGGAUUGUCUUCCAUGCCAGGACUGCAGCAGCAAAGUGAAUGUGUCAGGGGGCGUUUGGAAAGAUAACGUCAACAUGGCCCUGCUUGUGGACACAUACUAUGAUGACCAGCUCAUUAGCUGCGGCAGUGUCAGCAGAGGGACCUGCCAGCGACAUGUCCUUCCACGCAAUAAUACUGCUGACAUACAGCGAGAAGUCCACUGCAUGUUCUCCUCACAGGCAGACAAAGAGCCAGGACAGUGUCCCGACUGUGUGGUGAGCCCCCUGGGAGCCAAAGUUCUCCUCUCUGUAAAGAACAGGUUCAUCAACUUCUUCGUGGGCAAUACCAUCAAUUCUUCUUACCUUCCAGAUCAUUCAUUGCAUUCAAUAUCGGUGAGACGGCUGAAGGAGACUCAAGAUGGCUUUAAGUUCUUAACAGACCAGUCCUAUAUAGAUGUUUUACCUGAGUUCCGAGAUUCUUACCCCAUUAAGUAUGUCCAUGCCUUCGAAAGUAACCAUUUUAUUUACUUUCUGACAGUCCAAAGGGAAACUCUGAAUGCCCAGACUUUUCACACCAGAAUAAUCAGGUUCUGUUCCGUGGACUCUGGAUUGCAUUCCUACAUGGAAAUGCCUCUGGAGUGUAUUCUCACAGAAAAGAGAAGGAAGAGAUCCACAAGGGAAGAGGUAUUUAAUAUCCUUCAAGCUGCAUAUGUCAGUAAGCCCGGGGCCCAUCUUGCCAAGCAAAUAGGAGCCAACCUAAAUGACGACAUUCUCUAUGGGGUGUUCGCACAGAGCAAGCCAGAUUCUGCUGAACCAAUGAAUCGAUCAGCUGUCUGCGCAUUCCCUAUCAAAUAUGUCAAUGAAUUCUUCAACAAGAUCGUCAACAAAAACAAUGUGAGAUGCCUCCAGCAUUUUUAUGGACCCAAUCAUGAGCACUGUUUUAAUAGGAUGCUUCUGAGAAAUUCAUCGGGCUGUGAAGUGCGCAGUGAUGAAUAUCGAACUGAGUUUACCACACCUUUGCCGCGCAUUGACUUAUUCAUGGGCCAAUUCAACCAAGUGCUCUUAACAUCUAUAUCUACCUUCAUUAAAGGAAACCUCACCAUUGCUAAUCUUGGGACGUCAGAGGGUCGCUUCAUGCAGGUUGUUGUUUCUCGAACAGUAUCAUCCACCCCUCAUGUGAAUUUUCGCCUGGAUUCCCACCCUGUGUCCCCAGAAGUGAUUGUGGAGCACCCAUUAAACCAAAAUGGCUACACCCUGGUUAUCACUGGGAAAAAGAUCACCAAGAUCCCGUUGAAUGGCUUGGGCUGUGGACACUUCCAGUCCUGCAGUCAGUGUCUCUCUGCCCCUCCUUUUGUGCAGUGUGGUUGGUGCCAUGAUCAAUGUGUGCGAUCAGACGAAUGUCCCAGUGGGACUCAGGAGAUCUGUCUGCCUACAGUCUAUAAGGUUUUUCCAACUAGUGCACCCCUUGAAGGAGGGACAAUGCUGACCAUAUGUGGCUGGGACUUUGGAUUCAAGAAGAACAAUAAAUUUGAUUUAAAAAAAACCAAAGUUCUCCUUGGAAAUGAGAGCUGCACCUUGACCUUAAGUGAGAGCACAAAAAAUACGCUAAAAUGCACAGUUGGUCCUGCUAUGAAUGAAAAUUUCAAUCUGUCCAUAACUAUUUCAAACAGUCGGGGCACAGCACAAUAUAGUACAUUUUCUUAUGUAGAUCCUAUAAUAACCAGUAUUUCUCCAAGCUAUGGUCCCAAGGCUGGAGGCACUUUACUUACUUUAACUGGAAAGUAUCUAAACAGUGGGAAUUCUAGACACAUUUCAAUUGGUGGAAAAACAUGUACUUUAAAAAGUGUGUCAAAUAGUAUUCUCGAAUGUUAUACCCCAGCCCAAACCAUUUCAGCUGAGUUUCCUGUGAAAUUGAAAAUUGACUUAGCCAACCGAGAGACCAGCAGCUUCAGUUACCGGGAAGACCCCGUUGUCUCUGAAAUUCAACCAACCAAAUCCUUUAUUAGUGCUUGGUGGAAAGAACCUCUCAAUAUUACAAUUUUUCUAUUUUAUUUUGCCAGUGGUGGGAGCACAAUAAUAGGAGUUGGAAAAAAUCUGAAUUCAGUUAGCGUCCCAAGACUGGUAAUAAAUGUGCAUGAAGCAGGAAGGAACUAUACAGUGGCAUGUCAGCAUCGCUCAAAUUCAGAGAUAAUUUGCUGCACAACUCCCUCACUGCAACAGCUGAAUCUGCAACUCCCACUGAAGACCAAAGCCUUGUUCGUGUUAGACGGGAUCCUUUCCAAAUACUUUGAUCUCACUUAUGUACAUAAUCCUGUGUUUAAGCCUUUUGAAAAGCCAGUGGUGAUCUCAAUGGGUAAUGAAAAUGUACUAGAAAUUAAGGGAAAUGAUAUUGACCCUGAAGCAGUUAAAGGUGAAGUGUUAAAAGUUGGAAAUAAGAGCUGUGAGAAUAUACGCUCACGUUCUGAAGCCAUUUUAUGUACAGUCCCCAAUGACCUGCUGAAAUUGAACAGCGAGCUAAAUAUAGAGUGGAAGCAAGCAGUCACUUCAACUGUCCUUGGGAAAGUAAUAGUUCAACCAGAUCAGAAUUUCACAGGAUUGAUUUUUGGUGUUGUCUCCAUAUCAGCAAUACUCUUAUUAUUAAUCGGGCUUUUCCUGUGGCUGAAAAAGAGAAAGCAAACAAAAGAUCUCAACAGUGAUUUAGUUCGCUAUGAUGCAAGAGUCCACACUCCCCAUUUGGAUAGGCUUGUAAGUGCCAGGAGUGUGAGCCCAACUGCAGAAAUGGUUUCAAAUGAAUCCGUUGACUAUCGAGCUACUUUUCCAGAAGACCAGUUUCCUAACUCAUCUCAGAAUGGAUCAUGCAGACAAGGGCAGUAUCCUCUGACAGACCUGUCCCCCAUCCUAACCAGUGGAGACUCUGAUAUAUCCAGUCCAUUACUGCAAAAUAAUGUCCACAUUGACCUCAGUGCUCUAAAUCCAGAGCUGGUCCAGGCAGUCCAGCACGUAGUGAUUGGGCCCAGUAGCCUGAUUGUGCAUUUCAAUGAAGUCAUAGGAAGAGGGCAUUUUGGCUGUGUGUAUCAUGGAACUUUGUUGGACACGGAUGGCAAGAAAAUUCACUGUGCUGUGAAAUCCUUGAAUAGAAUCACUGACAUAGAAGAAGUUUCCCAGUUUCUGACUGAGGGAAUCAUCAUGAAAGACUUUAGUCAUCCCAAUGUUCUCUCACUCUUGGGAAUCUGCCUUCGGAGUGAAGGGUCUCCCCUGGUGGUCCUACCAUACAUGAAGCAUGGAGAUCUGCGAAAUUUCAUUCGAAAUGAGACUCAUAACCCAACUGUAAAAGAUCUUAUAGGCUUUGGUCUUCAAGUAGCCAAAGGCAUGAAAUAUCUUGCAAGCAAAAAGUUUGUCCACAGAGACUUGGCUGCAAGAAACUGUAUGCUGGAUGAAAAAUUCACUGUCAAGGUUGCUGAUUUCGGUCUUGCCAGGGAUAUGUAUGACAAAGAAUACUACAGCGUACACAACAAAACAGGUGCAAAACUGCCAGUGAAGUGGAUGGCUUUAGAAAGUCUACAAACUCAGAAGUUCACCACCAAAUCAGAUGUGUGGUCCUUUGGUGUGCUCCUCUGGGAGCUGAUGACAAGGGGAGCCCCACCUUAUCCUGAUGUGAACACUUUUGAUAUCACGGUUUACCUGUUGCAAGGUAGAAGGCUCUUACAACCUGAGUACUGCCCAGAUCCCUUGUAUGAAGUGAUGCUUAAAUGUUGGCACCCCAAAGCGGAAAUGCGCCCAUCCUUCUCUGAGCUGGUCUCCAGGAUAUCUGCCAUCUUCUCCACUUUCAUUGGAGAGCACUAUGUCCAUGUGAACGCUACUUAUGUGAAUGUGAAGUGUGUCGCCCCGUAUCCUUCUCUGUUGUCGUCACAAGAUAACGCUGAUGGCGUGGUGGACACGUGAAGGAUGGGAACACCACACCCACUUCUGAGCGACAUCAUCGUACUUGCCCUAACAGCAGUCCACACUUUCUCCAACAGUUUUCA